GAGCCGCUCUAUCGUGACCUCCCUUUCGGGAUAUCAUAGGCUGUUGCCUUUAUCCUCAAGAGCUCUCUCUGCCGCCCGCUCGACUCGACUCGUGUAUCUUGCGCACCGCUAGCCUCUUCAUCAUCCACCCUCUUGGUCGUUCGGAGCUUUUCAAGGCUCAAACAGCUAAGCUCACAGUUCAACCGUGGCGAUUCUUGAUCCCUAACAAUAGACUCGAGAAUUGUUAUGGCAGAGCAGAACGGCCACGAUGUGGUAAAUCUAACCCUGUCGGGCGGCGAUCCUUCGCCUUCCGACGUUCCUGCGAGCACCACCGACAAGGAACCUGCUGGAGGGGACGAGGGGGAGACCAACACUAUCGCUACGACAUCAUCCGAGACGAAGACAAACAUCGGAUCAGAAGAUCAGAAAACGCACGAAGAAAUGCCGAUGGGAAGCAGUGACAAGGACAAGGGCGGAGAACAAACAGUGGCAGAUGCAUCAAAGCAAGGACCAAGUUCGGUUGCCGCAAAAGUACUUGAAAUGAACGGGGUUACAUCUACAUCGGAUGGCGGAGAAGACUCAGCCUCCUUGGGCGGCUCGGAAUCCGAUGCUAGUCGAGCAGAAAGCAGAGUCAACAGUCGCGCUGGGUCAACCAAACGGCCAACAACAUUCAAGCCGGUGUCUUUCGCCAAAUUCUCCGUUCCAAAGGCACCGGGUACACAACCGGUGGCUAAGGUUCCUGAAAAGACACCUUUGUCCUCGGGCACCCCCCUAGGCACACCGUCGCAGAAUCCUCGGCCUCGGUUGGUCGCGAAGACAACGAGUAGCUUACAUUCCCUGUCGAAAACGGGCACAAGCGGCACUAGACUUGGUGGAGGUGGGCCCGAUCCCAGCCAGGUUUGGAAUAGGAAUCGACCGGUCCAGCAGACACCUCCGAAACAUCUCACGGACGAGGAGUUGAAACAGCAGUAUGGAAUUCACAUGACGUCGAGAAUCCAGGAAGAUGGCGGCGGAACAGAAUCCAAAUGGGCUGAUAUUGACGACGACGAAGAUGACUGGGCCCCAGAAACCAUCGAAUGGAAUGAUGGAACCAAGACCGACCUGAAGGCCGAACCAGCUCACCCUGAGCCUGCUCCGACGACUACACAACCAACCACGAAGACAGCGACGGAUUCCAAGCCAGCGUCCCCCGUAGUGGAACAGACAACUACCGCCAAGGAAAUUUCAAAGAAAAUUGCUAAGCCGGUCACCUCGAUAGGGCCAAAUCCUACGGUGCUCAGGCUGGGAGCUAGUGUAGAGAGGCAAGCGAGAACUGCAGCUUUCUCUGCCAAGGGGCCCAAUAAUGAGAAACCGCCCUCAUCCUCCACGAGCCCAGCCCCUCCGACCAAGUCACCUUGGGCCCCAAUUCCACCCGUUGAAAAAGCGUCUCCGGUCAUGCCUCCGGUUCAAGUUCAGGCCGCAACACGGCCUUCUCCUAGGGAAAAGCCCAACGAUGGCUUCGGUAUGCCUGUUGCUCCUAAAGAAAUAGCGGCAGACGACUUCAACCGUUCCUGGAAGGAAACACAGCCUGGCACGCGAGAGCUCUAUAAUUCCAGAUCGGGACGUUAUGAGCCUGUUCCUGAACCGAGAAAAGGCGGGAACUACCGAAAUGAGCAGAGCUUCCGUGCUCCCUCUGUGUUGCAACGACCUACAGCACCAGAUGAGCAUGCCGGACCUGCAGAGCCUUCUGCUGCGUUCCAAACGCACAGAACAAGUGGUCAAGAUGGUGGACAUUGGACUCGUCGUCGAACCUCGUCUAAUGUUAGCGGUGGGAGUGGGAGCUUUGGUCGGCGGAUGUCGAUUGGUCGACCUGAUUUGGCUCAGAGGACGUUUGAGGCUAGACGCGGAUCCCAAGCGAAUGGCGCAGGUGAGCCGGCCAGCCACGCACGAGAGUAUUCUCAUGAUCCGCAGUUGCGGGACGUCUCUCCGAUGCGCCAUGGUGUUGGUCCUUCCUGGCCUUCUCGAGACUCGACUAUGGCUGCCGAAAGGGGUUCAAGUAUGGCUGCUGGAGGAACCCAGCCUCCUGCUACUGACGGACAACCCAGAGUACCGCAACCAGCUCCGGAAGAUGCCAUUGCUAUGCAGGAGAGAAUCAUGAAGGAGAAACGUCUGGAGGCCAGACAGCGAAGAUUAGAACAAGAAGCGCAGGAGGAAGCAGCGAAACGGGAAAGAAUACGACAGAAGCUCGAGGCCUUGGGACCGCCGCCGGAGAAACCAAGAGCAAAGAGCAAAGGAUCUCCGGAAGUUAAUAAGGUUGAAUCGACGACUACCAGUUCUGCACAGUCACCACCAAAACCCCCAGUGCCAGAGCCCACUGGGGCGCCAAAACAGUACGGCAUGAUGAAGGUCCAUCACCCUGAUACCGUGAAAAAACUCAUCGAGAGAGAAAGAAAUCAAGACAAGCCCGCACCAGCGGCUAGCUCUAAGCGUCCUCCCUCUCCUAGUCGGGAGCCGAAAGCAGAUGCUGUUGCAACCAACGGACUUCAACCAGCACCCGAAUCGACAGGCCAAGCCGAAGAUAUGGCUGUGGAGCAGAAGGUUGAUGAAGAGAAUGCUCAAUGGAAAAGUGGGAUUAAUGUACCAAACUACACGCCUUGGACAGCGAAUAAUAAACUCGUCGGCCCCGCAGCUCCUAUCACGAAUCCCUGGAAGCCUUUCACCAACGACAAGACGUUAGGUAACGGCAUCUUCGACCAAUCCCUGGGGAACUUUCCAGCGAGGGACUUGACCUUGCGAAAUCAUCUCAGUUUGGAGCAAUCCUCCCUACCUCCAAGCUCACAGCCAUUCCCUCAGACUACGCGUUCUGCCCAGGAAAGUACAACAAUAUCCCCGUUGCCCUCGCCCGAAACUAGGCAUGCUUCCUAUGACACGUUAAGCCCUAUUGCUCGCCCCGGCCCUAUUGGUCCUCCUAGGACCCAGCAGUCACACUGGCAGCAUGAGACACGUACCGCUGCAUGGAACGAAUUCCACGCCGUUGCUACGAAGCGUGAGGCUGAGGACAACGAGAAGCUACGCAGCGACCUGAAUGCUCGUGAAAACCAAACUACACUUCCGGCCACAUUCAACGAAACUUGGCGGCAAGUCCGCCCAGGUGACCAGGCUGGGCAAAGGCAAGUCGUAAGUAUUUCCAGGUCAACAGAUGGAAAUCCUCCACUUGUGAACGCCUUAACCGGCCUUGAACAUCCUGUUGGUUCACUUCCUUUCGUGGAGGCACAUGCACGCCCUCUUGUGAGCAUGCCCACUCGCAGUUCGAGAUUCUUUCCACAGGCUACGGAGAACAGAAAGCCGGUGUUUGAGGAAGUGGACUUUCUCCGGAGCCCCUCGCCACCUCCUCCCGAAGAGGUCUCGACUCACCCAGCAUACUUUGGCGAUUCAAACAGGCCUCUAGUGCAUCUCCCUGCACCGAAGCCAGUUGUCAAGCUCCCCCCGAAGGUGGUCGUGCCACCACCUCCACCGCCCACGUUUGCUUCCAUGGUUGCUUCUAAUACACGUCCUAAUCCCGCUUCAACCGCCACAAAUUGGCAGGAGAGAAUCAAUACCCUUUUCGGAAAGAAAACAGUGCCGGAGAAAAGACAUGCUCUGGCUGUUUCGUCUGCCUCGAAGGAACCCCUCGAUGUCCAGCUGCAUGUCACGGCAGUUUCUGUCUCGCUUCCUUUCAAUGGGGAGACCCAAUUUGGCGACGGUGAAUUAACCGCUAGACAAGUCGAGGAAGCCGAGGCAAUGUUCGAGGACCGUGAAGUCGGUUCCCUACCAGUUGUACGAGUGCCCACGAUGGCUCCUCCUGCCGCCUGGCGAGCUGCACCGGCACCAUCUCAAGCCCGGCUGCGUGCCAAGGUUCUGAAAACAAUGCAAAUCCAGAGCGUUGAGCCUUUCUGGAUUGGUUACCGUGAUAAAAAUGCUUCAGCGGUCAAUCAGAUCUUAAUCCGACUCCCUGGUGCCGUGGAGGCAAAAUCAGUAGCUGCCCCGCGGAAAGCAGGCUCCUAUCCCAGUCCUCGGCCGCGCGGACAGUCUUCUUACAAAUCUCGCAAGAAUACGAAACCACGCGAUGGAGCCAGUGGCUCGAACUUCAAGAGAGCUGCAUCUCAGCAAACAAAUGGGAACAGUCAGUCACAGCGACAGCUGCGUUCAGCUCAAUAAACAGAUCGAACAGGCCGCUCUCAGCAGGGUCUCGUUGCUUCUAUUCUCUAGGACAAGACACUUGAUCCUCCACUUUUAUCUUUUGAGCUCAAACUCAGUAUAUUCUCUGAGUCCAGGCUUUUUGCGUUGAGGGUUUGAAAUGAGCUACGUACGCCUGCAGGGAAACAGAUGGGAUUCAUUCGGGUUCUCUAGCAUAUGUUCUUUUGUAUUGUCCUUUACCGUACGAUAUUCCCUGCAUCUUCUUUCUUAUUCAAUUACUCCUUCUCUUCUGUAUCCAGCUCGAAGGCAGCCGUUGCGUUACUCGUUAUGACCC